GGGCGGGAGCGGCCGGAGACCGGAGACCCGAGACCCGAGACCCGAGACCCUUCCCCUUCCCCUCCCACCGGGCGGGCAGCGGCUGAGGAAAAAGGCCGCGCUUCACCCCGUGAUCAGCUCGGGCGGCGGGGGGUCUCACCCGGCCGUGCCCCCCGCAGCCGCCGGGACGCCAUGGGUGACCUGGUGGCCGUGUGGGAAGUGGCCCUGAGCGACGGCGUCCACAAGAUCGAAUUCGAACACGGGACCACGUCCGGGAAGCGCGUCGUCUACGUGGACGGGAAGGAGGCCAUCCGGCGGGAGUGGCUGUUCAAACUGGUGGGGAAGGAGACGUUCCGAGUGGGCGCCGCCCAGACCAAGGCCUCCAUCAGCAUCGACGCCGUCAGCGGCUUCGCCUACGAGUACACGCUGGAGAUCGACGGCAAGAGCCUGAAGAAGCACCGGGAGGACCGCUCCAGGACCACCCACACCUGGCUGCUCCACCUGGACGGCCUCGACUGGAGAGUGGUGCUCGAGAAGGACACUAUGGACGUGUGGUGUAACGGGCAGAAAAUGGAGACGGCGGGCGAGUUCGUCGACGACGGGACGGAGACGCACUUCAGCGUGGGCAGCCACGACUGCUACAUCAAGGCGGUGAGCAGCGGGAAGCGCAGAGAGGGCAUCGUCCACACGCUCAUCGUCGGCGAGCGCCAGAUCCCCGAGGCCCUCGAGUGACCCCCCCCGCCCCGUCCCGCCCCCCCCGCCCCCGCAGACGCGGGCCCCGCCGACCCCCGUGGGGACGCCGGGGGUCACCCUGCGACCGACGUCGUGGUGGCCCCCUGGCCGUUCUGGGGCCGAGGCCGCGGUGACGCCGUGGCGAAGUCACGGCCGGCCCCGCGGGGGGUUCGGGGGCCGAGGCCGCGGUGGCGGCGUGGUGUGGACCCCGUGGGGAUUCUGGGGCCGAAGCCGCGGCGACGCCGUGGGGAUCGUGCGACCGAAGCCGCGGUGACGUUGCGGCGGCGGCACGGCCGGCCCCGUGGGGCCGAAGCCGCGGGGACGGCCCGGCCGGCCCCGUGGCCUUUGCGGGGCCGGAGCCGCCGCGGUCGCCACGGUGACCCCCAGCCUGGGAGCCCGCACUGCCCGCCGAGGUCGACCCCUAAAGGGCCGUCGUGACCCGGGCCGGGCCUGUGACCCCAAUAGAGGUGGCUUGGCCGGGCCUCUGGGACCUCCUUUUUUAAAUAAAUUUUUUAAGCGCUCACUGGGUGCCAAGCACUGUUCUAAGCGCUGGGCAAUCAGGUUGUCCCCCGUGGGGCUCCCG